AUGAACAACAUGAUGAUGAAGAAGAAGACGACCCAAGGUCGAAAAAAAAUCGAGAUCAAGAAGAUAGAUAACUUGAGCAACAGGCAAGUAACCUUCUCCAAGCGAAGAGUCGGUCUCUUCAAGAAAGCAAGUGAACUUUGCGUCUUGACCGGGGCAGAAGUUGCCAUCAUCGUUCAUUCUUUGGGCAAGCGCGUCUUUGCUUUUGGUCACCCCAACAUUGACGCUGUUAUUAACCGCUAUACCACGGGAUCGGCAUCAUCAUCAUCAUCAUCAUCCUCCUCGUCAUCCGUUGCUGAUCCGAAAACCCCAUUGGGUGCUCAUGAGAUUCAACAACACAACCGACACUAUGCUAAAGUGUCCAAAGAAUUAGAGGUCGAGAGAAAAAGAAAGGAAUUGAUUGAAGGUUCGAAGUUAGAGAACGGUGGGAGUUUUUGGUGGGAUGACCCAAUUGAGCAUAUGGGUUUGGAGGACCUUCAACAGUAUAAAGCUUCAUUGGAAGAGUUGAAGAAAAAGCUGUUGAUGAGAGCCGAUGACUUGAUAUUGUUGAAAAAUUCUUCUUCUUCUUCAACUAAUUUGGGCUUAAAUAAUAGCGGUGAUAUCAAUCCCGGCGUGACUGCAGUUGGUUGUGAUGAUAUGUUCUUCAAUCAGACGACGACUGAAUACUGCAACAACUCCAUCGUUCCUUAUGGUUCUGAUGACUUCGGAAAUUCUAGGAUCAAUCAAGCCCAAAUCAUGGGCUACAUACAACCUCGGCCUAUCUAA